AUGUCAUUGAAAAGCAUAGUAAAAAAUGGAAUAGGUAGCGGAUCAAGUAAGCGUUGGAUCUCUCAAUCAAAGUCACACGUUGCUUCGGAUGUAACUUCAAUUGAACCUAUUCAACAAGGACAGUGGGCAAAUCUACCACCCGAAUUGCUUUUGGAUAUAAUCCGGCGGGUUGAAGAGAGUGAGACAUCUUGGCCUGAGCGUGCUGUUGUUGUCUAUUGUGCUUCGGUAUGUAAAUCAUGGAGGUCCGUAACGAAAGAGAUUAUCAAGAAUCUUCAACAAUGUGGAAAGAUCACAUUUCCUAUUUCAUUGAAGCAGCCCGGUCCCCGUGAUCAUCUGAUGAAAUGCUUUAUUAGAAGGAUUAAAGGGACUUCUACAUUUCUGUUGUACUUAGGUUCGAUGCUAUCGAAGAAUAAGAGUAGUAAGUUUUUAUUAGCCGCCAAAAGGAUAAAAAGGGCUGCACGCAUCGACUUUGUCAUAUCCUUGGCUGCAGACGAUUUUUCUCCCGCCAGCAACAAAUAUGUUGGUAAACUGAGGUCUAAUUUUUGGUGCAACAAGUUCACUAUAUGCGACAGUCAACCUCCACAUGAUGCUUCCGUUCAACAAAAUUGUCGAACAAGCAAGAGAUUUAAUUCUAAGCAGGUGUCACCGAAAAGUGCACGUUGUCAUCUUGUUAGCACCAUUUCCAAUGUGCUGUUCUUUAGAAAGAAAAGAAAUGUACACUGCAUCAUGAACUAUAUACCUAUCUCAGCUAUUCAGAAAGGGGGAAACGCCGGCCUGACUCCAACAUCUUUACCUCAAAUAUUUGAUGAAACUAUUUGUCCUUCUUCAGCACUUAACCAAGCCUCAGCCGAGCCCUUGAUACUCCAAAACAACGCUCCCAUGUUGUGGGAUGACCGCAGCAAGAGCUUUCAACUUGUAGCCGCUGUUGAUCCAUCUCAUAAUGUUUCUCCUGCCGAGCGAAAAAGGAUAAUCUUGCAGUGUGGAAUGAUUGAAAAAGAUAUAUUCGUCAUGGACUACUCUUUUCCAAUUUCUGCCUUCGAAGCCUUUGCCAUCUGCUUGACGUCAAUGUAA